AUGUCGGGAGCGAAUUCGACUAACCCUCGACGGGUCUUGCAUGAGAGUAGUCCAUCUCAUCAGAAUGCACUCGCUAAGAUCCGCCUCGUUCCCUCGACACCUCCGCGACUCCUCGCUCUCGGCCCUGAGCUUGAUGAGGUCUAUUCACGGACACCCCUCCCAACACAUCCAAGCCAUCUGCUUGACCCAUUCCCCGUCCCCGUCCCCGUCCCCGUCCCCGACCCCGACCCCGUCCCCGGAAAGGGGCGCGUCUAUCAGCACCAGGGGCAAGAGCAAGGCUCAGCCUCAUUCCCUCGUGCAUUAGAUGAGCAGUUUCAAUUUCAAUUUCAAUUUCAACAACGAAUCACCAGAGGUAAUACAGGCCAGCCACCGAACAGCGGCGGCGGCUCUUCUCAAUCAUCUCAAUCAUCUCAAUCCUUUCAAUCCUCUCUCCCGUAUCUCUCGUCAAUCCGUCAGUCUUCUCCCAGCAGCUCGAAGCCGCUCCGGAAUGUGCCAAAGAAGCGCUCCAAAAAUCGUCUACAAAUCCACCCAGACCAGAAGACCUUCUCCCUGGUGCCCACCCAGGAUGAACCCCAGCCUGAAGAAGAUGCCUCGAAAUCACCGACAUCCUUGUUCUUUUCUACCCGCGACAUAUUAUCCGAUUCGAUCCCCUUUAAUCAAGGUCAUGCCAAAGAUAGAUCUAGAUGCAAUUCCACAAAAUUAUGCAGAUCAGAGACCUCAUCACCCAUAUGUCCUGCGACUCCAGCCUCGCCACAAAGGAAGCAACCAACACCUGCAGAUCAUAUAAUCACCUCUCCCUGGCAUUAUCCGCUAGUUGGAGGACUUCGUCAAGUACCUAAAACUCCUGAUCUCGAGCAGAGAGCUGCUACAUCAUCUGUGAGCCCGCUGCCAGAGACAUCGGACGGACCCCCUACCACGUCGCACCAUCUCUCCACGAAAUCCUCUUUCCAGUCCACAGAAACUGCCACAACUACCUCCGAGAACACCAAUUACAAACUUUACGGCGACGAGUCUCCCUCGGAGUCCGAAGUCGCCCCACCCUCAUCCAGUGGUUCCAACUACCAAGUGCUUGCAGAGUCCUCGCCUUCGGGCUCGGUCAUCUAUCGCCCACAAACUGUCAAAUCCGAGAACGAAGAUAACGAACCGCAGGGUGAUAAUUCGAUAGCAGCCGAUUCCUACGUCCAUCCUGACCUGCCUGGUGGUUAUUCACAGGAGGCUCUCGUUGUACCUCCCCUCAACCCCAAAGCCCGCAAACAACGAUCAGUCGAAAUCCUAAGAAAGUUCAUUCAUUCAAUUGCCAAAUCCCAUUCUCAAACACAGGCCCAAGGGAACGAGUACAUGGGCGCCGCCUCAAAAGUUCAACCCACCGCGGUCACACAUGCAGGAGCACCCGCACCAAUGGAGCUCACAGCUGUCGACUGUGCUCUCGGUGUCGGAUGGCGAGACCGAUCGACAUUCGAGGUCUUGGUCGAGCGAAAAUGGAUGGAGGAGCAGCGGAUAUCGAAGCACGCCAAGUCAUCACAGUCGUCAGAUGCGAACGGCUCUUUCGAGCCCCCCAUGCCACCCAUGCCAGCUUUCAUGCGCAACGGGCGUCAGAAUAGUACCACAUCGAUCCGGAUGGUGGAGGAACAAGAUGAAUACGGAGACGGUAUCACAGAUAUGCAAGACUUACGGACGAGAUCUUCGAGGAGGCGACUAUCCACGUACUUUAGUAGUUCAUCCUCGGAUGCCGGACGGACAAAUACGAUGCGCUCCACUACAAGCUCAAGAUCCAAUAGUCUCCUGCCUCAUACUAUCCCUACUUGGGCCAAAUUAUACUAUGGAAGUGGUGAGAGGCAUCAAUUGGGCGCUCCAGGGACUCCCGUACAGCGAGGCCAUAGCCGCUUCAAUUCUCUGAGAAGCGGCUCUGGUACCACCGGCAACUCUCAGCUUUCUAUAUCCAGCCCGAGACGGAGAUAUCGAGAUGGAGAGUCACAAGGCUCCCUGGACAUCACUCCUGUGCCUCAACAAGACACCAACAGACGUACACACGACCCAAGUACAAGCCGACACAGGACUUGGAGUAUGUCAAGCAUGUGGUCGCCGCAUCUUCGACUUGACAAAAGAGCUAAGCACAGAAGCGCUUGGAACCCUCCGUCGGUGAACUGGUCGGCAGAGAGUGGGAAGCUUGGCCGGAGAAACAUGCAAUUGUUAAUGUUUAUUGCGGGAUUUGUGUUCCCCUUUGCUUGGAUGAUUGCAGCGUUCCUACCUCUGCCCCCCAACCCUGAGCUCCAUAUGCGCGAGCAGGAUAAUAGUACCAGUAAUCUGGACGAAGCUAAUGCGACACCUAAUCAUUACGCCCGUCAGUUUGGGCCCAUGGACGAGCGUCGCUAUGAAAGCGCCAAGUGGUGGCGGAACCUGAACCGAUGGAUGUCGGUGGUCGGGUUGCUGAUCUUGGCGACAAUCAUCCGGAACACUGGAGGUUCUAGUUUUUCAGAGACGGUGGUGGUUUGGUUUGAUGGCUACUUCCGCCGCGGGGAGGUGUGGAGGUUUCGAGGAGGUGGAGGUGGAGGUGGAGGUGGAGGUGGUGGUGGUGGUGUAGGUGGUUGUGUUGGUGGUGGUGGUGGUGGUGGUGGUGUGGUCUUGGUGUUGGUGGCUGUGUUGGUGUUCGGUGGUUGUAUUUGUGCCGUGGCCGAGAGGCUUAACACUGGCCCGACCCAUCCAUCAUCUUCAUCCCGACUGGCCAAGUCUGCAUCACUGCCCUCUUCCUUCACCCAUCAUGAACUGGUCUGCGCCGCCAUCGUCAACAUCAAUAUCUCCAUCUCCAUCACCAUUAACAUCAGCUCCGUUAUCCGCACCCCCAUCGGCGUCGGCCUCGGCCUCGGCUUCACCAGCACCAACAUCACCACCAGCACCAGCACCACCAUCAUCAUCAUCCAGGAGACCGAGCGAGGCCCGCAGUAUGAACGGAUCCGGAAACGGAACCGGAUCGCGAGCUUCCAGACGGCCUCAUACGAAGUCGCGAAACGGAUGUGGGCAAUGCAAGAAGCGCAAAGUGAAGGUAAGGUAGUCCGUCAGUCCUGCGACGAGCGCGCCCCUCGCUGCUCCAACUGCACCAAAUGGCGAGAUCUGUGUGACUACGAGCUGUUUGGCCUCCCGACAUGCAAUCCGGCGGGCAAGAGGAAACAGUCGAAAGAUGCGCAGUCCGGCGCAGGGAUGACAAUCUCCAGGUCCUACCCACAGCCCCCGGCGCCGUCGCCAUCCCAGAUCAACCUGGAGCAUCUGGAGUUGAUGCACCACUAUUCCACGAGUACUGCGCGCACCUUUCACGAUUUUGGCGACGGCGGCCAUCGAUGGGAGAUCAUCGUGCCGGGGCAAGCCCAGUCCUAUGAGUUCCUGAUGCAUGCACUGCUCGGCGUUUCUGCUCUCCAUAUUGUGCACCUCAAGGGCAACGACCCUUCGGCUUCUCUGUAUCUAUCACGCGCCCGUGCCCAUCACUCCGAGGCGUUGACGCUCUUCCGGUCCACGGUAUCGGACAUCACCCAGAUAAAUGGCAUAGCAGCUGCCGCCUUCUCCUGCCUAUUUCUCAUCUUUUCCUGUGGCACCGCCCAGCUGGCGGACGCGGCGGGCAACCAAGAACCGGUCCAGGACCCGAUCGACACGCUCUUCACCAUCGUUGGAUUUUUCCGAAGCUAUUGGAAACUCUUCGACACUUCACAGCAGCUGGUAGAAGCGCGGUCACCGGUGGCUCGCAAUUCUCCCAGUCCCGGCGUCGACCCGCAACUUGUCCCAAAUCCAGCUGCGGCAGCGGCGCUGGAGGAGCUACAGCAACUCAAUGCUUCGUCGACAGAUAGCGACGCUAUGAAAACCAUAUACCAUGACGCCAUUGCUCAGAUGCAACGAUCUUUAGACAGCGGCCCAGCUCUGCCCAGGUUUUUGUGGCCUCUCACCAUUUCGGACGAUUACCUCGCCCUGAUUGAGCAGAGACAGCCGAUGGCGUUAGUCAUCCUGGCGCAUGGAUGCACUCUUACCAAGGAACUACCCCGUCGUUGGUUUGUGCACGGCUGGAUCCUGAACAUUAUCCUUACCAUCUCCGAGCGGGUCGGUAGCAAUUGGAGAGCAAGGAUGCAGUGGCCACUCGAGCAAUGUGGUCUUCCUCUUGAAAUAGAGCAUCAGCCCGGUGACGGUGGAAGUCUGCACGAGCUCGGUGAUGUACAACAGAGUAGCAGUACACAGGACCUUGUUAAGUUGUGA